AUGCGGAAGGCUACAAAAGCUCUGGAUUAUGUUUCCAAUAUCUCGUCCGGGCCCUUUCCCUACGCUCCACUGGGCGAGCCGUUAUCGAGUGACAUGCUGACGCAGGCAGUACUUCGUGAUGGCCACGUGGUUGCUGUGCCGAGAUUGCUACUCGUAGAGGGGGACGUGAUUCUUCUGCGACCAUCUCAGGCGGCGCCAUGUAAUUGCAAGCUAUUGAACGGUGAAGUGGUGAAGAUGGGCGCUUCUAUCUCAGAGAAGGUAGAAGUCGACCAGGAGACAGGAGCAGCCAUUCCUCUUGAUGCAACUAAGGCCAUUGCUACAUCGACGCCGUUGGCUGACCACUUGUCUUCGGUCAGCGCCAGCAGACGUUCUUUUACCACAAUGGACUAUCAGUUACACUAUUGUCUACAUAAGGUGGCAGAACGGACCCUUUUGCCAGUCAUUGUUUUUAUGGCUCUUUCAUCUUGUGCCAUGAGAUUUUUCCUUGACGGCAGUCAAUCGCUAUUUUCAACGAGGUUGCAAUUUCUGUCUGAAAGUCUAUUAUCUAUUCAUGCGAUGCUAGAGAAUCUGACUAGGCCUGACCUAUUCAGAUUUGUAUUUGCCAUCCCGUCGCUCAUCGUGUUGCCAUUGACUGCUCCCACCUAUUUUUUCAUUUUGCGAUUCGUGCAACAACGAGGCAACGCUGCGGUCUGCGAUGUACUAAAGACAACCAGAGCAAGUGCUGUAAAGGACUUCGUUUCACUGUUUGGAAAUCUGACAGGGACCUCGUUUUUUGAUCAGAAAGGACUGCUGUCUCCAAUGAAUCCUUGUCUCGAUAAGGUCGUAUUCUUUCGGCCCAGCGACGAAGAACAGUCAAAGGAGGCUCCUGCUCUCGAGAUCAUGGACCUGAGUUCAGAACAGCUCAUCGAUGGAUCGUGGAGUGUUGAUUUUGAUGAUCCCAAUUGGUCUCGCUUCGAGUCGAAUUUGCGUGCGAUCGGCCAAUGCCUUCUUCUGAACCGGUGCGAUCCGAAAUUCCCCACUUUUCUGGACCACCUGUCGGCCGUCGCAACCACAGUACCGCGUACCGUUGCUACCGCUUUCAGAUGGUGUUCUUGCGUAUUUCCACAGCUAAUUGGGUUCAAGUCCAGUUCAGCCAAUCAGUUCCAAAAGCUACAAAACGUGUUAGGAUUUUACCAACGUCGACCCGGAGAAGCGCCCUUACCGGGACUCACGAAACAUCAGACUCCUCUGGAAAUGGCCUACUGUACUGUACAUGCAGAUGACCGAUCGCUAUACUACCAUCUUUCUUGUCAGGGAACUGCAAACCUUGUUCUGGAGGCUUGCUCUCAUGUGUGGGACGGCGAACAACUAACACCCAUCACGGAGCGGAUUCUCAAAAGCGCCAUAGACUUCUAUCAGCGGCAUUCUGUCACAGGCUACUGCCUUGCUCUUUCCUACCGUGCAGUUGGAAUGGUUCUAGAUGAAACACUCAAGGAUCGCUACUUCGAAGUCCCACUGCUUCAUCGUCAAUCGCGAAAGAGCUCUCUGGCGAGAACUCAUAGCAUAGAUAGUUCCCAAAAUGACCCAUUCUUCGACCAGACGCCUUUGAAGACAGCUGACGAGAUUAUUCAGCGAUGGUUUACUGGGCACGUUCUUUGCGGAAUGGUGGUCACCCAAUAUGAAGUGGUGCCUCAGGCAGUACAGCUAAUCGACCAGCUGGAAACCCUCUGCGUCCGAUUCGUGUAUUUCUCUCGCGAGAACGAAGUGAGAAGUCGGGUCUUUGCCGAGAAGCUUGGUGGGUAUGACACCUACACAAGAGACACUUGCUCGAUUGGAUUGGAAGCUGGUUGGAAUUGCCAUGUGUCCCUGGCUGAGGUGGACGCAGAUGACAACCAGAGGACCUUGAAGGAUUACUUCCUAUCAAGAAGUGAGACGUCUGAUGAGGAACUGCAUCUGAACUCUCUGUUGGCCAUCAAUGCUCAAGGGUCUCCAACGGAGAAGAAGCCCAGUCAGCAACCUCCCACUAAGAUGGUAGUGCUGCCGAACAAGGCAUGUCUUCCGACAGGAAUCGCAGCUGUUCGCCCCCAUUUAGAACAGGUAGACAACGUGCCACUUCUGGUCGGUCUCAUCACUGACUGCACCCCUGAAGCUAACCUUCAGAUGUUGGAGAUAAUGCAGGAAUACGGCGAAAUGGUUCUAGCAGUCGGUUCAUCUUUAUCGAUUGUGAAUACCCGCGUCUUCCUUCAGGUAAAGGGAUUUCACUUAGUUUUCUUAUCCAUAGUACCCUUAUCUUCGGAAUUCCAGGCGAAUGUUUCCAUAAGUGUUCUGCCGGUGGGAGACUGGCAGUGUUCCAUGAGUUCUGAACCAAAUUGGCAGACAGCCAAGAAUGCAGCCGACAGACUUAUGGGCAUUGCUAGUGACUUCCAACUGAGAUUCGAACAGCUUCUUGCCCUUCCCAAGCUCAUUGUCGCCUGUCGCCAUCGCUGUGCUUCCGUCAGGGGAUCGUUGGCUUUCCUUUUCUUCGCUUCCACAAUGCUUUCCAUUUCCCUGCUGGUCACAGCUAUAUCCUUUCUACCGCUGCUAUUCGACUUUGAGCAGGUCUUUCUGACGACCUUCGUGCAGUUGCCGCUUCUCACCCUGGGUUCAGUUUUCACUCCGUUUCGUCCUAAAUCAAACGUAAUCCGAAUUUCAUCAAAGAAUUCACGCACUGUUCCCCGUCAGCACGUCAAAUGGGCUCUGCUCACAUUCUUCGUCGGCUUCUUUCCUUCGUCCCUCUUUCUCGUUUUGAUUUUCUUCCUCAAGCUGGUUCGCAACUCAACAUUAGCCUGCUCAUUCUCCGAUGUCGUCUGCGCUGUUGCCACUGAGAAGGCCUCUGAUGUUCCUCUGUCGACGAUGGCUAUACGUCAUGUUAUUGGACUUCAUGUUGUGUUCUCGUAUGCCUCUGGAGUAUUCCUUCAUGAAGUGCUAUCUGUCAUUUCUGUGAUCGUGUUACUGGCUUGGACCUCAGUGAUAUUGUUAGUAAAUGAGUUGGUCAAGAGACGUUCAAUCCGCGAUUUCACCAGAGAACAGCGACGGACGAAACUCGGCUUUGAUACGAAACUUGGAAUGAAUUCGCCCUACUAG